GGCCGCCCCGCCCUCCCGGCCCCGCCCACCCCGCGCGCCUCAGGUGGGGCGGCCCCGCCCGCGCAGCCAGCCAGGCUCGCCCAGCGGCGUCAGGCCGCGUCUCCUCAGCUCCUCGCGGGCGGUGGCUGCAGCCGCGGCGGCGCUACAAGUUUUGACAUUUUGGCGGCGGAGGAGCGCGCCGGCGUUUCGGAGCCGACGGCUGUGGCAGCCGCCGACCCUCGAGGGCCCUUCCGCCGCGCCCCGGCGCUCCCGCAGCCCAGAGUCGGGCGGCCACGAGGCCCGGCCGCGUCUUCCCGCGUUCGCCGGCCGGGCGGCUGCAGCCAUGUCGCGGGGGCCGGAGGAAGUGAACCGGCUCACGGAGAGCACCUACCGGAAUGUUAUGGAGCAGUUCAAUCCUGGGCUACGAAAUUUAAUAAACCUAGGAAAAAAUUAUGAAAAAGCUGUUAAUGCUAUGAUCCUUGCAGGAAAAGCAUACUACGAUGGAGUGGCCAAGAUUGGUGAGAUUGCCGCCGGGUCCCCGGUGUCGACAGAGCUGGGCCAUGUUCUCAUAGAGAUUUCAAGUACCCACAAGAAACUCAAUGAGAGUCUUGAUGAAAAUUUCAGAAAAUUCCAUAAAGAAAUUAUACAUGAGCUGGAGAAGAAGAUAGAACUUGAUGUAAAAUACAUGAAUGCAACUCUCAAAAGAUACCAAACGGAACACAGGAAUAAAUUAGACUCUCUGGAGAAAUCUCAAGCAGAGUUGAAGAAGCUCAGAAGGAAAAGUCAAGGAGGACGAAACGCGCUCAAAUACGAACACAAAGAAAUUGAGUAUGUAGAAACCGUUACGUCUCGCCAGAGUGAAAUCCAGAAAUUUAUUGCAGAUGGUUGCAAAGAAGCUCUACUUGAAGAGAAAAGGCGCUUCUGCUUUCUGGUAGACAAACACUGUAGCUUUGCAAACCACUUACAUUAUUAUCAUUUACAGUCUGCAGAAUUACUCAAUUCCAAGCUGCCCCGGUGGCAGGAAACCUGUGGUGACGCUACCAAAGUGCCUGAGAAGAUCAUGAAUAUGAUCGAGGAAAUAAGGACCCCAAGCUCGACCCCUGUGUCCGGGACGCCCCAGCCCUCGCCGAUGAUCGAGAGAAGCAGCAUGGUUGGGAAAGAUUAUGACACUCUUUCGAAAUAUUCGCCAAAAGUGCCCCCAGCUCCUUCAGCCAGAGCAUAUACUAGUCCUUUGAUCGAUAUGUUUAAUAACCCAGCAACAGUUGGACAGAAUUCAGAAAAGAUAAAGAAUUCAACAGAUUCUUCAGAUGAUCCCAGUUUACAGCGAUCAGUUUCUGUUGCAACUGGACUGAACAUGAUGAAGAAGCAGAAAGUAAAAACCAUUUUUCCGCACACCGCCGGCUCCAACCAGACCCUGCUCAGCUUCGCCCAGGGAGACAUCCUCACGCUGCUUGUCCCAGAGGAGAAGGACGGCUGGCUUUAUGGAGAGCACGACACCACCAAAGUGAGGGGCUGGUUCCCAGCAUCCUACACAAAGUUGCUGGAAGAAGAUGCAGAGGAGGCCCUGAGCGUGCCCACACCAAGCCCGGCCCCGGUGAGAAGCAUCAGCACCGUGAACCUGUCUGAGAAGAGCCGCGUCGUCAUCCCCCCACCGGAUUACCUCGAAUGUUUGUCCUUGGGAGCGGCUGCAGAUAAGAGAGCAGAUGGUUCCACAAGUAUCUCUACCUUUAAAGCACCGGUGUCCAAGCCAGAAGCCACAUCUCCUAACGAUGCGAAUGGGACAGCAAAGCCGCCUUUCCUCAGCGGAGAAAACCCCUUUGCCACUGUGAAACUCCGACCGACGGUGACAAACGACCGCUCCGCGCCCAUCAUCCGAUGAAGGCGGGCUCGAACGCCCGUUCCUCCGACGUGAAGUUCCCGCUUGGAGAAUGACACCGGUCGGAGAAUGACACC